GACUUCCUCCAGAGUCUUGGUGGUUCCAACGAUGCGUUCAAGUAGCUCAUGUUGGAGCGAAACUUUCCAAGACAACAAGGAAAACAAAUUGUCGGGAGAGCGGAAGCCUUACCGGCGAAUUCGAAGUCGUCGUGAGCUGCUGGAGACGAGAGUGAUGUUCCCGGAUGAAUUUAUGCGCUCAAUGAAGAAUUACGGGCCCAAUGGACCUAUGAACAUUGGCGAGAAGUUGAAACCCAUCGCCCUUGUGCUGCGCCCACGCGAGUCGCGCCGUAGAUACGAGGAGAACUUCCAGUGCUGGUUACAGUGUAAACAACUAUCUCUUACAAUGCUUAAGGAUGAUCCUGAAGAAGAGCGUCGCUACCGACAAGCCUUCGCGUUCCUUCGAGCGACUACAGCGAUACACAAGCACUGGGACCGUUCACGUUCACGCAGUCGGAGUCGAAGUCGAGGCAGGACCAAGAAAAGGAGUGCAGCAAGAGAAUCUCCUGCAGAUAAUAAGGAAGCGAAGCGAGCACGUGUCGACUCUAUCGAUCAUGACACCUUAUCUGCGUCGUUGCACGACAAUGCAAAACAUGUUGGAGGCAGCUCUCGCACAAGUGGUGAACAGGAUCAUGUCUCCGGAAUGAAUUUACACUUGAAGCAACUACAAGACCAGAUGCAGCACCGCUUCAUGGAGUUUGAACGAGAGUUAAAACACUUGAAAAGCCAAGGCCAAGUCGGAAAUGAGAGUACGAGCGUAUUAUCGACGACCGCUACUGUUAUUCAACUGCCGGAACCAACCCAAGAUGAUAACUCUGGAUCAGUGGAUGUGAUACCAGACGUAUUAACUGGACCAGACCACUAUAUCUGCUCAGACCCCAUUCGAAUGGCAACGGAAGUGUCGAAGAAAGCGGCAAAAGUAAAUGCAGACCCAGCGAAGGAGUGCCUGACGAGAGAUUACACCCGCUUGAGCACUCAGAUCGUUAUGAAUGAGACUGCUAUGAAGGACUCGUUGGCGUACGUUAAGAAUCUCGGUGCUGACGAAGCCGAGGUAGAAGCGCAUUUGACUCAAAUCACGGAACUGGCGACGUGUAUUGACAGCGAGAAACAGCGACGUGAUACUGCGCUAGCUGCUGUAAUUGCGCAGGAAUGGAAAGAGCAACGAGAUGAAUUUCAGUACAUCGUGCAACAAGUGGAUCAGACAGAUACUAUGCAUGCUUCGCACGAGAAAUUGACAAGGACGUACAGCGAUAUUAGUCAAAACGAUGUCGAGAUGCUGGCGCUGCAAGCAAAACUCAAGAACCGUUUAAGCUUGCUAAGAGGUAGUGAUGUCUACCAAGACACUCAGCUCCAGGAGCUGGAAAUGCUAUCGAGCAGACUGGCAGCAACACUAUCAGAGAGAUCUUUGCUAGAAGACCAACGACAACAGCUAUGCAUGGGGUUGGUGCGCUCUAGCGACGCAAUCUUCAAGCUGACAAUGGAGUUGAUCGAAGAAUCACCCCUUUGGUUGCCGUGAAUUGGGAAAGCCAUCAGAAAAAAACUCGGUUAUGCUUCAUGCACUGCCUUUCGUUGUUGGAUAUUUCGUCAAAAAUCUACGAGUUUGUUUACGUUCUGUGGCUGUACGAUGCCUUGCUACCUUGCUUCGGUAGAUGUGGAGCUGUUUCUGGUUAUUUCAGCUUCUGCUCUCGGUCGCAUUAUUAGCAGUGUAUGGAUCUUCAGCCACAUACUUACUCGCCUUUGGGAAUUGCCAUGUGUCUAGUGAGUUGGUCAAACGGGGGAAACCGAACUGAUCUUGCUGCGGAGCUGCGAGUCUACCUCUUUGUAACCUGCUGCAUUGAAGUGAACGCCAUCUGCCAACAUGGUGUUUCGAGUCUCUACUGGCAUGGCGUUGAAAUGCUCGUACAAGUCUAGCACAGACACUUUGAGCUCGCUGGCGACCUCUACACAAGCGCGGGCGUAGUCGCCCGUUGCUGCGUUCGAACGAUCCACGAGUCCUCGUUUCGCAUCGGUACGUUCGGCAGCGCACUUGGCUCUGGCAUCGUCGUCGAUGUGCGGUGGAGUGAUGAUCAAGAUUUCAGCAUCAGGGGCAGCGCUCUGGAACCCACGGACAAUCUGGUUCAAGUAGUCCUUGUACUCUUCGAUUGGAACGUGCAUCUCGGGGUUACUGCCAUUCACCAGCACUGCAUCGUUGGUGCCGAGCCAAAUUGUGAUCAAUGAUGGAGUAGUGUAUGCACCAGUGGCGAUUUCGUUUUCGAGCGUGGGCAUCACGUAUUUGAGGAACCAUUUCGCGUUGUACCCCGAGAGCCCGCGAAGGAUAAUAUCAGCUGACCGCGUGUAUCGAGCUUGGAGUAGUGAGACCCAGCCGUCUAAGUUUGGGUAGGCGCCUUGCUCCGUGUGUGAGUCUCCCGUGAGCAAGAGUAAAGAACGUGAGGCUGGCUGGGUUUCCGUAGUAACCGUGAUGGUAGGCUGUGACUCUACCGGUAGAGCGAAGGCAGUUGCGAGCGCGAAGAGAAUUACUAGCCCGUGAAACGUUCCUGGAGAGAUUGUCAUGGUGUUGGCGGCAAAUUGGGUUGUGAGAGAGUUGCUAAAUCAAACGACUCGUUGAUGGAUUGCGUAUGUGAUGGUGUGAACAGCUUACGAUGGACUGGGGCGAACAAUAGCGACCAACAAUGGUGUCCGGAUGUCGGUAAUUACUCAACGCGGAUCAUGUCGAGUGGUUCAGUGAUCGCGCUUUAGACUCAAGUAGCAGCAGAUUCAUGUGCGGACUCUCGCGUCGUUUGCAAGCUUCGAAUCAUAGAAUUUAAUUGCGUCACUAGGAUAGGGUCAACCAGCAUCGAUGGCGUUUUGUUAAGUUUCAACAAGAACAAUUUAGUAAACAUCCCGCACAGUAGAACUCGGU